AUGAAGCUACAUUUAUGCAUAGCACACACAGUAGUUCUGUGCACUCUACUUCCGAAUGCAGUAAAAUCAGAAGAAAACACAGUUCCCACAGGGUCAUCUGAAGACUUUUUUAAAGGCUCUGGCCUGAGCCAUAUGCCAAAAGAAAAUGGAGCAGAGGUGAAAAGAGAGACAAAAAGCUCUGAGUCUUCCAACAGCACAAAAUCACACAGCAACUUUGAAAUGAAGAACGGUGUUAUUGUCAACAACUCUUCUAACAGCAGCAGCGCAUCUAACAAAAAAGAUAGUGCAUCCUCGCAAAGCAUGUCGUACAAGAACAACAAGGCGCAAUACACCUCAGCAGCUAAUAGCUCAGAGACAUCCAAGAAAAAUAGUAGCAGCUCUUCUCUAGUCAACAAUAAUGGUAGAUUACAGAUGAAAAAAAGUAGCAAUGAGUCCAGUAAGACCAACACAAGUAUGAUGAAUAAAUCGAUGGAAACAAAAGAUGGAAAAAUAAACUCCUAUAAACAUGCCACAGACGGUGACAGCAAAAACUCACAAAAAAGUAAAUCUGAAACUGUUGACUUGAACAGACAGGCAGCCAUUGGCUCGCACUCUAAUUACUACAGCCCUGCAGGCAAUCAAAAGACAGCAGCAAAUGCAAAAAUCGCAAAUUCUUCCAAUAUUUCAUCAAACAGCAAAAAUGCAGCACAGAAUACUGCACACUCAGCCAAACUUACAGAUAGACAAAGCAUGCACCAAAACAAAAAGUCUUCUACAUCAUCAUCAAACACAGCACAGUCAACUGCCUCAAAAUCCAACACAAGAAUGUUUUCCAACUCAGCACAAAGUCAAAGAAACUUUGCAAAACUUGCAGCUAGUUCAAAGUUCAACUGUUCAAACUCUUCAGGCUCUUCACAGAGACAAAAAAUGUAUGGAAACUGCAGUCGGUAUGCUCAAAGACCAUCUAUCUCUAAUAGGUGUCGUCAAAGGUCUUCUAAUGCAAGAUCUUCAGUGUCUAACACAAACUGUAUCCCACAGAGACAUCAGCAAGCAGCCCAACAAAAUAUGUCAUCAUCAAGCUCUAAGUCUUCAUCCAUGAGCUCAAAAAGUGCUAUGCAAACACAAAAACAGAUGUCUAAUUCAAAAAGCACUCCAUCUCCAUCUGCAGCUCUUCAUCAAAAAGAUUCUUUAAUGUCUUCCAUGAAAUCAUCAAGUUCUAAAUCCUCUACAUCUACAAACUCAUCAAGUACCAGGUCAACUAACACUGCAUCUAGUAAAGAUGCAAAGACUCAGAAACCAGCUUCUGCACAGAUAAAGGCUCCUAUUCAAAAGAGCCAUCUAUCCAAGAGCUCAUCACAGUAUAGAGAUAGCUCCAUGAUGAAAUCAUCAACCUCCUCUACGUCUAAGAAUUCCUCUCAAAAUAAAGAAUCUAGCUCAAGCUAUACAGAGAAAAAGCCAAAUAAAACUACAAAUUCUGACACCAGGAGAAGUAAGUCUAGGAUAAACUAUCAGGCUAGCAAUCCUCCCAGACAAGCAAUGGAUACUGUAGAGAGCUCUUCAUACACGAGCUAUAGCAACAGCAAAUCUCCAAACUGCAAUCCCUCUCAGACACAAACUACCGUAACCCAGCAUACUUGCCAGAGUCAUCCCUCUUCCCAGCAAAACUCAGUUAAAAAAGUGUGCACUGAAACUACGCAGGCACAGUAUCAGUCUCCCAGCAACUGCCAACAAACAGAGUUCACUGCCUUGCUAGAAAUGGCGCUAAGAAGGCCUAGAAUAAGCAGCCACAACUGUGAAGAUCUUAUUACGGUUAGAGACAAUAAGACGCUGUGCACCCUGGAUGAAGAGAUUGCAACAGUUACACAGAAUGAAAUGAAUGAAGGAUACGAUGUUAUUGGGAAAAAGCUAGUAAAAGAAUUUACUGUGGUUCCUUGCGCUGAUUUCUUUGACUAUUUAUCUAAAUCAGGAGCCAUCCCUGAAAUAGCUCUGGUAGUAGAAGAAAAACCGGUUGAAAUUGAAAUACAGUUUGUGGAUGUUGAUAUAGAAGACUUGUUGUAG